AUGGAGCACCAGGAUCCCUCCUCGCCUGCAGAGGUGUUGUGGUGCCAUCUGAUGUCGUUUGAAAAAGGACGGAUCUACACCUUUAUUGGAGAAGUGGUGGUUUCCAUGAACCCUUACAAGAACCUGAACAUCUACGGGCGGGACACGAUCGAGCAGUACAAGGGCCGGGAGCUCUACGAGAGGCCACCCCACCUCUUUGCCAUCGCUGACGCCGCGUACAAAGCGAUGAAGAGGAGGUCGAAGGACACCUGCAUUGUGAUAUCGGGUGAAAGUGGGGCUGGGAAAACAGAGGCCAGCAAGUACAUCAUGCAGUACAUUGCAGCCAUCACCAACCCGGGGCAGAGGGCGGAGGUGGAAAGAGUGAAGAACAUCCUGCUGAAAUCCAACUGUGUGCUGGAGGCCUUUGGCAACGCCAAAACGAACCGUAACGACAAUUCCAGCCGCUUUGGGAAGUACAUGGACAUCAACUUCGACUUCAAAGGAGACCCAAUCGGUGGCCACAUCAACAAUUACUUGCUAGAAAAGUCUCGUGUGAUCGUGCAGCAGCCAGGGGAGCGGAGCUUUCACUCUUUUUACCAGCUCCUGCAGGGGGGGUCUGACCAGAUGCUGCGCUCUCUGCAUCUGCAGAAGGAUGCUUCUGCAUACAGCUACAUCUCUCCUGGAGCACAGCUCAAGUGUUCCAUCAACGAUGGUGCUGAGUUCAAGGCUGUUGCUGAUGCCAUGAAGGUGAUAGGCUUCAAGCAAGAGGAGAUUCAGACCGUCUACAAAAUCGUGGCAGUCAUUCUUCACUUGGGGAACUUGAAGUUUUCCGUGGAUGGCGAUACGCCCCUGAUAGAGAACAGCAAGGCUGUGUCCAACAUUGCAGACCUCCUGUCAACAAAAUCUGAGCUGGUGGAGAAGGCCCUUUUGUUCCGGACUGUCGCUACGGGCCGGGAUGUCAUCGACAAGCAGCACACUGAGCAAGAAGCCACCUAUGGCAGAGACGCCUUUGCAAAGGCUAUUUACGAGCGCCUCUUCUGCUGGAUUGUGACACACAUCAAUGAUGUGAUCGAGGUGAAGAACUACGACACGACAGUGCAUGGGAAGAACACAGUCAUUGGCGUUCUGGACAUCUAUGGCUUUGAAAUAUUUGACAAUAACAGUUUUGAACAAUUUUGCAUUAAUUACUGCAACGAGAAGCUGCAGCAGCUCUUCAUCCAGCUGGUUCUGAAGCAGGAGCAGGAGGAGUACCAGCGGGAGGGCAUUCCCUGGAAGCAUAUCGAUUACUUUAACAACCAGGUGAUUGUGGACCUGGUGGAGCAGCAGCACAAAGGGAUCAUUGCCAUCCUGGACGAUGCCUGCAUGAAUGUUGGGAAGGUGACAGACGAGAUGUUCCUGGAGGCUCUGAACAGCAAGCUGGGGAAGCACGCGCACUUCUCCAGCAGGAAGCUUUGUGCGACUGACAAAACCCUGGAGUUCGACAGAGACUUCCGAAUCAAGCACUAUGCUGGAGAUGUGAUUUACUCAGUCUCCGGAUUUAUUGACAAAAACAAGGACACUUUAUUUCAAGACUUCAAGCGCCUCAUGUAUAACAGCUCUAAUCCUGUGUUGAAGAUGAUGUGGCCCGAAGGUAAACUGAGCAUCACAGAGGUCACCAAGCGACCUCUGACAGCUGCUACCCUCUUCAAGAACUCCAUGAUUGCGCUGGUGGACAACCUGGCAUCAAAGGAGCCCUAUUACGUCCGCUGCAUCAAGCCCAACGACAAGAAGUCCCCCCAGCUGUUUGACGAGGAGCGCUGCAGGCACCAGGUGGAGUACCUGGGGUUGCUGGAGAACGUCAGGGUGCGAAGGGCAGGCUUUGCCUAUCGCCAGACCUACCAGAAGUUCCUUCACAGGUACAAGAUGAUCUCAGAAUUCACCUGGCCAAACCAUGACCUCCCUUCAGACAAAGAUGCUGUGAAGAAGCUCAUUGAGUGUCAUGGAUUUCAGCACGAUGUUGCCUAUGGGAAGACCAAAAUCUUCAUCCGCACACCACGAACGCUGUUCACCUUGGAGGAGCUCCAUGCCAAGAUGCUCGUGAGGAUUGUGCUCUUCCUACAGAAGGUCUGGAGGGGCACCUUGGCUCGGCUCCGCUACAAGAGGACGAGGGCUGCCCUCACCAUCCUCAGGCACUACCGCCGCUACAAGGUGAAGUCCUACAUCCACGAGGUCGCCCAGCGCUUCCGCAACGUCAGAGCCAUGAAGGAUUAUGGCAAGCACGUGCAGUGGCCCACCCCACCCAAAGUGCUGCACCGAUUUGAAGAGGCGCUCCAGGCGAUUUACCAUAGGUGGAGAGCAGGGGAACUCAUCCGGAGCAUCCCACCAAAGGACCUACCUCAGCUGCGGGCCAAGGUGGCUGCCAUGGAGGUGCUGAAGGGUCUCCGAGCAGAUCUGGGGCUGCAGAGAGCGUGGGAGGGGGAUUACAUCGCACUGAGGCCGGAUCACCCGCAGAGCACGGGCGCCUUCCUCCCUGUUGCCACCGAGCUGAAACGGAAAGACAAAUACAUGAAUGUUCUCUUCUCGUGUCACGUCCGCAAGGUCAACCGCUUCAGCAAGGUGGAGGACAGGGCGAUCUUCAUCACCGACAGGCACCUUUAUAAGAUGGACCCCAUGAAGCAGUACAAAGUGAUGAAGACCAUCCCCCUCUAUAACUUGGUCGGGUUGAGCGUCUCCAAUGGAAAGGACCAGUUGGUGGUUUUCCACACGAAGGACAACAAGGAUCUCAUCGUCUGCCUGUUCAGCAAAGAGCCGUCCAACGACAGCAGGAUUGGAGAGCUGGUGGGCGUCCUGGCCAGCCACUUCAAGAGGUUGGUGCUGCAAACUCACUGUAGCCAGAUCCAAAACUUUCCACGAAUUCGUGUUGGUGUCACCCUUGAUUUUUUAUCUGUGUUCCUUCACUAUUGCUGGGACACCAGAGCUGUCAUUCCUUGCGUUUUUGAGACUACACUUUGUUUGCCCCUUCUUUCUCUAUAUGUGUUCAUUAGAGCAUGGAUAUUUGGGGGCAAAUGCCACUGAACAUGCAUUUUCAGUGUGUCAACUCAAUCAGCACUUUAAGGUCAAGCUCUUAACGCCUAGAACUAAAAUACAGCUCUUCCUUCCUCAGAUUGUUUCCCCUACCCCCAGUGUCAGUAGAGGAUUUAGUGCUUGAGCUGCAAAAUGGCACCUGUUUCCCUGCAGAUCUGCAAAAUCUGUUUUAGUGGUGGGCAGAGCCCUGAGGUGGUCGCUGUGCAUGGAGCUCCAGGGAGGUAGAGCUGAACAAGCAAAAAGCACCGUUGUUUCUUGCAGUGAGUUUGGAACUGCCCAAAAGCUGCACAGCACUCACUGCACUGCAGGUGCAAAAUUAACCCUCUAGAGACAUGGUGUGAGCGGUGGUCAGCCCUACAGGGUUGAUCUCUUGCUCCUGCAGAGCAGAUUUGCGUGAGAGUCGAUGCUGAUCAUCACCUGCAGCACUGGUUCUUGUGUUUCUUAGUAUCACGUUCCAAUUAUCACCCAUAAUAUCACUCAUCUUUGUGGGUAAAUGUUCAUAUAGAGCUGUGGUGGAAGGGUGGUGAGAGUGAAUUCAGGUUCUGUUAGGUUCCUAAAAGCCACUUUUUCUCUGAUGUCUGAUAGAGGUUAUGGGUUUAACAGUGAUGUACAGGAGCAGCUCCCAUUUAAUUUCCCAAAUACCCAGAUGUCC